UGCUGGGUCUGAGCUGCAGAGGCAGGAGACUGGGGGCUGGGAGCGCUUGCUGAGGAUAUCCCCACGACUGGAAGGACUUGGAAGAUGCAUGCAUGUGCACUUUGUUUCUAUUCUAACUAUGGAAGAGUCGUGACAAAAUGAAGUCUUUGAGAAAUUGGAAAUCAUGGUAAACAAAAACGGUGACCACCAAACUAGAGAGCUGUUACGCAGCGACCUGCUACAGGAGGAGCAGCUGCUGUCCCUGUCUCCUGCUGUGAAGUGACAGCAUGCCACUCUGUCCCUGACAGCCACACCUUCCUGGAACAGCUCUGUGUUGGCUCUCUGCCCUUACAGCAGAAAAGGAAUGUGCAAGCAGACCAGCAUUUGUCCCUGGCAGUUAUUUCCUACUUGGGGUUUUUGUUAGCUUUGUGUGUGUGUAUUUUAACUUAUCCCUAAGGUUAGGAAACAAUUGCCAUGUUUUCAUCUAUCCUUACAAAGGUUUCUUACAUUUUGUUUUGAUUCUUAAAAGAGAUUCGGUUGGAUAGUGAGGCGUGUGUGCCAGCAGAUGGCAGAAUAGUGCCCAGGACAGGCAGCAGCCCUGUCUGUCAAAGCUGUCUUUACAAGUGAUCUCAGUGCCCGCGCUGUGUUCUUUCGUAAACAACAGAAACUCAGAAUCCAGCUUUUACAGCAGGAGUCCUGGAAACUCGAUCUUCAGUCGUUAGCAGUCUUGCUCACUGUGGAUAGCACUGGCAGGCUUUAUGGUAAAAGAUUUUUUUUUCAGUGUCCUUAAAAACUUCAGUCUGUUUUGUCUUUUGCUUGAUAGGUGGCUUCUAUUCCAAGUGGAACAGACCCUCUCAAGAUAGAUUAGUGUCGUUCGGUGUUACGGGCAUUAAAAAUAGUCGACCAUGGUGUGCCCACUCUUUGCUCCCAGGCAGAACACCUUACUGGCAAAGCCCCGUUAGGGUGGGCCAUUGGGUUUCCAGCCUGGAAAAGGAAACCGCCCCUCUAGUCAGAUCAGAGGCCGCACUCAGCCUUCCAGGAACCCGGAGGGUGGUGCGAGCUGGCCAACUCCUCCAGCACGCCCCACGCCCUCCCAGUGCCAGCCCCAGGGCAGCUGCUGCCCCGAGAUAAAAGAUGAGAGCUCAGCUCACAGGCCCAGAGGGAAGCUGUGUUUACGUGCGUGCGGCUGGUCAGAUGGAAACCGCCUGCAGGAAAGCAGGCUAGCUGACCGGGACCGUCGGUCGCGAGGAUGCUAGGUCAUGUGCUCGGGUUUUCAAUAACGGAAACUGUGGCACGGCGUCUCGACUGGCUCGUCUGCCGUCGGAGCGGCUUCCGUCUUGGGUUCCGCCGCCUCCCGUCAGCGGGCGCCCCGCGGAAGAAGCCGUUCCACUUCCGGCAGCACGGAGACCGCGAAGCCCGCUAGGUCACGGGUCACCGCCCGCGCCGCGUCAGCGCUGACGGCGUGCGGAACAGCCCGUCACUCACCCGGCUGUCCAAUGGCGGCGCGGGGCGGGGCCUGCGGCGCCUGCGCAGGAGCUUGUGGCGUCAAAGAGCCAGCCGUGUCCAUGGAGCGAGGCUGAGGGGUCACGCUCCGGCCCGAGGCUGCGGGCGCCGCGCCGUGACCAUGUCGGCGUCGUUGGUCCGCGCCACCGUGCGGGCCGUGAGCAAGAGGAAGCUGCAGCCCACGCGGGCGGCGCUCACGCUGACCCCCUCAGCUGUGAACAAGAUAAAACAACUUCUUAAAGACAAGCCAGAGCAUGUGGGUCUGAAAGUUGGCGUGCGAACCAGGGGCUGUAAUGGCCUCUCUUACACCCUGGAGUAUUCAAAGACAAAAGGAGAUUCUGAUGAAGAAGUUAUUCAAGAUGGAGUCAGAGUGUUCAUCGAAAAGAAAGCACAGUUAACACUUUUAGGAACAGAAAUGGACUAUGUGGAAGACAAACUAUCCAGUGAGUUUGUUUUCAAUAACCCCAACAUCAAAGGAACUUGUGGCUGUGGUGAAAGCUUUAACAUUUGAAACCUCAGGACUCCAAGCUCCGGGAGAGCCGGGAUCUACCUGGGAGCUUACUGAAGAAAUGUGACUGUCAUGUUUCAGAGUUUAUGAUGUGCGGCCACCUCAGGGGGGAAUAAAGUGAUGCAGGCACUGUGCUAAUCCCGAAAAGCUGGUAUCUGUGUUGUCUGUAAAGCCCAGAAACUGGGAAAACAUUGUUUUCUUUAGGUCAUUCUCCUGUUCUGUACAGAAAACCCCUGCGCUGCUCUUAACUCUGUAGCUUUGUUCUUUGUUCUAGGACCAACUUCGUGGCCAUUGCUUUGCCGGGAGCUGAGGGAAUGGGUAACAGGUGUGCACCCAAAAAUCCUAGUGAGUGGAUUGAGACGUCAUCUCCUCGCCCCCUUCUCAUCUCCCAGGCAGGACAGCUGUGGGUAACAGCAUAGUGGUCCCUCAUUUCCCUCACAUUUGCCAUGGCCUUUUACACUUUAUUAGAAAUAUGAUCAUCGGACGCCUUCUUCCCGCCCUUCAGUAGUUCCAGAUUUCUGAGUGAUGGUGUCAGAAGGUGGGAGCUGCCAGACCUGGUCUCGACCCAUCCCCUAGGGCAUGCUUCGAGAUGGUUGGUUUAGACCUUUCCAUUGGAAGCUGUGACAAUCAGCCAGCUAGCUCACCACACUUAACCCUGGUAAGUUAGAGAGCUAGGACCGUACCCAGCUCUCCCUUCCUCACAGGUGACCCCAGUACUGUAUGAGACACUCAGGAGGUGAGUGGUGCCUGCCUUCCAUUCCUGGGCAGCAUUUUGAUAAGACCUUAAUUUAUAGACUGCAUUUGUUUUCCUCUGAAUGGAAGAGUCCUAUUUAAGCUCUUUUGUUUGAAUGGCCAUCUUGCUUGUUCAGAGCUUUGAAACCAUAGUUUCUUACAGAGAUCCUGCAGCAGAAGAAUUUACUCUUGGAGCACAGUGCCUAUGGAGCAGACAUGGAGGUGUCUUCUUAGUUCCCAAUACUCAUAUAUUUCCUGGUUCCUAAAUGAAAUUGCUGAAGUUUUAAUAUUUUUUAACACCAGUUUUUUGAGUCAUCAUUUUGCUGUAUAGUGUAGGCCAUCCUGACUGGCGACCCUCCUGCUUCAGCCUUCUGAGAUAUGAGCCACCAUACCUGAAUCCCAAGUUUUUCUUAAAAGUGAUCUUAACUUGACCUGUGUUUGUCAUCUUAAGUAACCUGUGAGUUCUUUUGUGGAAGGCUGUUUUUCACAAAGUAGCUGAGUUUCAUAUUUGCGCUAUUUACUAAAAUUCCUACCACCAAAAUGCACCACCUUGUAGUUUUAUAUGAUUGUUAUAAGUUUAUCAUGAAUAGAAUUGUUGAUACAUCUUUAAUUUGUGCAAUAUUGUAUGUAGAGAUUGAGUAUCAAUUAAAAAACUCACCUCUCUGUGAUCCUAA